AUGGAUUUUCCUGCAACGCCGUCAAAUGCAUCGGAUAGCAACGAUUAUCCUGGUGCCACCCCAUCUCAGUUUGAUACAGCACAAGAUAGUACAAAAAGACGAAGUUCCUCGAGAUCAAUAAAACGUCGGCGAUUCGAUGAUGAAUUGGUGGAGUAUAGUUUAGGUUUACCAGGUGCUUCAAUUGGCAAAAAUGAAAAACGAGUUCGGACACAGUCUUAUACAAGUCAAUUGCCAGAAGCAGUGGUUGUUGGAACUAAUCCUGUGACACCAGCAGCUCCUACUCAGGAGCGAAGACGAGCUUCAAGCAAAAUAUCAGGUGCAGGCAGCAUUGGUCGCAAGUCUCGACGUAAGGGACAACUAAGUCAGCUAUCCACAAAAGAUUUAGGGAGAUGGAAACCCACAGACGAUUUAGCAUUGAUUUUGGGAGUACAACAAACAAAUGAUCUGCGUAUUGUUCAUCGCGGCGUUAAGUUCUCUUGCCGUUUCACAGUAGGUGAACUGCAGUCUCGGUGGUAUGCACUAUUGUACAAUGCAGAAGUGUCUCGUGUUGCUCUUGCAGCAAUGCGCAACUUGCAUCCCGACCUUGUUGCUGCUGUUCAACAGCAAGCACUGUAUUCUAAUGCUGAGGAAGAGCUGCUUGGAACAUUGCCUAGUAAUUCACAUCCAGCUAUAGAAAAAUUCCAAGAGUUAUUGGAGGCUAACCCUCACAUAUUUUAUCCGACACGCACUGCCAAGUCUUUAAUGAACCAUUGGCAGCUAUUGAAGCAAUAUCAGCUUUUACCUGAUCAGACUGUACAGCCUUUACCUGUUAAAGGUCAAACUGACAACAUUAUGACAUUCUCUGAUGCUGAAGAAACUAUAAAUGACUCGGAAUUACCUGAUUAUAAAGAGGAUUGUAUUGAUAUUGAAAUGCAACUCGCUGACAGGGUUGAAAAGAAGGAUAUCCGGUUACUUGAGAACUGUAUGUCCCGCUGGCAGGUUCUAGUCCAGUCGGUGGCUGGUGGCAGCGCUGAGCUCGAUAAGAAUACUCUGGCUGUACUGAGAGGAAGACUCGUGAGAUACCUCAUGAGAUCCAGAGAGGUGAAUAUCAUAUUAUUUAUAAUAAUCGCCGUUGGUAGAAGCACUAGGGAUCACACCAUCGACGUAGAUUUGAGCCUGGAAGGUCCAGCAGCGAAGGUCUCAAGGAAGCAGGCGACCAUUCGUCUCAGGAACAGCGGUGACUUCUUCAUGUCUUCAGAGGGCAAGCGGCCCAUUUUCGUUGACGGACGACCGGUGCUUCAAGGGAACAAAGUGAAGUUGAACCACAACACGGUUAUUGAAAUCGCCGGUCUACGCUUCGUGUUCCUCAUUAACCAGGACCUCAUAAACGCUAUAACACAAGAAGCCGUCAAAGUUACGAUACCGGUCUGA